AUGGAAUCCCGUCAAGUCACAGAAUUAAACGAAGAUAUCGCUGAGUUAAAUAAGCUGCUCAAAUUGGCAGUUCGAGAAAACGUAAAAGAGAAAAUAAAACAUUGCAUAGAAAACACAACUGUAGAAAUAGCAAAAUUAAAACUUGAAGCAAGUCAGACACCAAGUAAAAUAAGUGAGAAAAGUGCACCUUUAAACCAUAGUAACAUUUCCUAUAAUUCUGUUCAGUCAUUUGCAUGGAACCAAGAAGGAAAUAAAGUUACUGUUUUUUUGACAGUUCAAAAUGUUCACAAUAUUGACAAGAAUAAAAUUUUCACAGAAUUUAACGAACGAUCUUUUGAAGUUAAAAUGCAUGAUGUGAAUAAAAAAAAUUAUCGUUUUUGUAUUAAAAAAUUACAUGAAAAAAUAGUGCCUAGCAAAUGUUGCUUCAAAAUUAAAAAAGACGCAGUUCAUGUGUACCUAAUAAAGCAAGAUCAGAAGUAUUGGGAUAAUUUGAAUUUUAAGGAAUCUCCCAUGUCCAAAAUUAGGGCCCCCAAAAUGGAUGAGCAGGCCGAACCCUCUGCUAUGCUUAUGAACAUGAUGAAACAGUUGUAUCAAGAGGGAGAUAGCGACAUGAAGAGAACCAUUGCCAAGGCUUGGUGUGAAGCGAACGAAAAGAAAUCCGAUUUUUCUGUUCCAAAUUUUUGA